AUGCGAAGCAAACGCUUCAAUGUAGAACACUAUCUAAACACUGGAUCCUCACGUAUGACAUAUUUUUUACCACAUGCUUAUACAAGACCUGGUCACCAGGCAAGCUUGGUGGAACUGAAAACAUUUUAUAACGUGUUUUACAUUGCAUUACAGGUAUUCUUUCCAGAUGUCGAAAGAGCAGAAUGGUUGAACAAGGUUUGUUUAUAUUUUCAAGCUAGAGUAUCAGUUCUUUCCAUGGAACGAUUACACAAAGUACCAAUAUUAUGCGUUGCAGGCAUGGAUCCAGCCGGAUCCUAUAGGUGAGGGGGAGUGUACAUAGAGCCUUUGUCAUAGUUUGGGAUGCUGACCGUUUCCCAAGCUACGCAUAAUCACUAGAGGGAGCUAGAGGCAGCAGUGCUCUGGGGAAAUGGCAGAACACUGGUCCUGAAAGGUGGUAGAAUAUUUCUUUCCAAGUAAAAAAUGGAUUUGAUAAGGAAAUUGACACUCCCCUUUUAGCACCUCUCUUUGGCAAGGCUAGGAGGGAUGUGCACUCCCUUGCACCCUCCUCAGCAAACUCAUCCUGAUGCAUUCAAAGCAUUUAAACUAUCGUAACCUAGAGAGUCCUCAAUGCAGCUGGUUAUGAAAUCCCUUAUCUUGCGUCCCUCGACGUCUUGAAGUCUUCUAUGCCGCCAUUUUUUCCUUCCAUCUUUUCCCAACACCUUUCCGUCGUUUAUCUAACCUACUGUGUUGCAUUGUUUGAGGAGUGUAUCACUCCAAAAAAUCUCGGAAACCUUGAAAAGAAACCUCGAAAAUCUCUGAUAAAUCCCUCAAAUAUCCGUGUAAAAUCUCUAAAAAUCUCGGAAAAUAUCUAAAAAUACCCACAAAUCGAGAAAGUGAUUUUCGAAAUCGUCCCAAAGCCUUUGACAGUUUUCCUGUGAAUAAAAACUGUACUUUCGACAGAAGAAAACUUUUUACCACUUGGGACGUGUUAUUAAGUUUAGGCUUUCUUUAAGCUAUACAUAUGCUGGGUAAUUGUUAAUUUAAUCUUAUAGAAAGUCAAAGCAACCUAAAUUAAUUAUUUGUUUAGUUCGUUGCACAACUCUGGCCCUAUGUGAAUGAAAUGGUGAUCAAAAUCCUCAAGGAAACGGUUGAACCAAAAAUUCAAGAAUCUGUACCAGGAAUGUUGAAGUCCAUUUAUUUUACAGAAAUCUCUCUGGGAAAUCGGGUAAAACAUUACUUGCAGCCAUAUGUUUUAAGAAGGAAUUUUAUCUCUUAUCGGCGUUGCAAUUCCAAGCGAUUUCUGUGUUAACAAAUGAUUAAAGUUGUUCUGAUUAUUUUGUUUUCUCGUAAGGCUCCUCGUAUUGGUGGAAUUAAGGUUUACACUGAAAACGUGAAGAGAUCAGAAGUAAUCAUGGAUAUUGAUGUAAUGUAGGUUCAAUAUUUCUAUUAAUUUGUCAAUUUGGUAUUGAAUUAAUUGGUGGUUUGCAAUCAAUCCUUUGAGAUUUAUAAGACGAACGGAGGAAAAUACGCUCCAAAUACAAUGGCUGCUGAUGAUACUCUUUUAGUCUUUUGUUAAUGACCGCCAUGUGUAACCAAUAAUUUUUCGUUUUGUUCUGCAUGUAUGUUAGUUAUUCUUUAGAACGCCAAUAUGCAGUAGAUGUGUUGAGGUCUGUAACACUAGACUCGGUUCCGAAAUAUCACAUACUCGAACCGACCUGACCGCGUAGCUCAGUUGGCUGAGCAUUUGGCUAGUAUUCCAAAGGUCGUAGGUUCGAUUCCCACCGUGGACAGGCAUAUUUUCCAAGCUUGCCCGGUGUGGAUAUACACUCAGAGUAACAUCACAAGCAUCAUAUUCACCUGAGUACAUUACACCAACACCAGGGCUCGAAUUUUAUCGCGGCAAUUGCCGUAGAGGGAGAACAAAAUGCCGUUGAUCAUUACGGCAACGACGGCAAUCUUUUGCCGUAUAGUGCAAUUUUUAUAUUAUUCACUGUGCAUUACUACUUUGAUACUUGAAUUCAGAUGUUGAUCAAAUCAUACGUAAAUCACUAUUUUAGUCUCAGUUUUCUUCGAAAAAAAAAACACUAAAGAAAUACGUUGACAUGUUUUUAGCUUGUCGAAAAUCCAAAGUAGCAAUAAAAUUAAAGUUUUAUUACAGUCAUUUGAAAAAUGCCGUGGAAACUGCCAAAAUUGCCGUAGACAGCUGUUACGUUCUACGGCAAUUUUUAACGCCAUUGCCGUCGAUUGAUUUCAGGGAAAUUCGAGGCCUGACCAACACAGAAAAAUUCGUGUAAUACAACUAUCCUAAAAGGCAGUGCUGGAAAAUGUCCGGCAGCGCCAGACUCCGGCAGCACCGCUGCCACGAAUUGUUUAGAAAUUUUUGUCAUCUUAUAGAUAUAAGCUUGUCACAAUGACAAUGUUUUAUGUCACAUACCCUCUCUGAAAUCUACAUAUGCAGGAAGUCUUACAUUUGUGUUUUUAAAUUUUGCUGCCAGGAAGAGAAUUAUAUUUUUUGGCCUGCUAUAAGGGUUGAACCUAAAUGGCAAAGGGUCUGCGGGGUCCGACUUGAGUAACGGCUGGUAAUCGAGCCUACCCUAAACUGCGUGAUGUUCAAAUGUUUUCGGGGAAUUAGAUACAAAAGAUACAAAAGUACUUUUUCUAUUUUGAAGAGGUACGAAAAGAGAUGAAGAGAUGCAUCAUACUGUAUAUGGUUUCAGUCGUUUAAGUGAAGAGAAUAAUAAGAGUUUCGGUACCCAAGAUAAUUUAGCAAAUAUUCAUUUUUAGAUAUUCUGGCGAUGCGGAUUUUGAACUGUCUGUUAAAUGUGUAACUGUUGGAAUUGAAGAUCUUCAGGUGUGUGCCCGAGUACUGUAUACUAUGGCGUUCCACAAAUUCAUUCACCAUUAAUCUAUACAUAUACAGUGCAUGUAUUGUUGUUCAAUGAAACGAGGACGUACAGUAGUGUACAUGACUACAAGAUAGAGCAUAAUUUUUGUGUAGAUGUACAGUAUGUUUGAUAUUACCUAGUACACCACUUGAGUAUGUGCGCUUAUGUUGCCAGGUUGUAACCUUUUCUUUUAAUGUUUAUAUAGCUCCGAGGUACUUUACGUGUCAUCAUGUCUCCACUUGUUCCUGCUUCUCCGCUUGUUGCUGGUCUCUCUGUGUUUUUCUUGGAUAAACCGGUAUGUAAUCUGAGUUUCUUAGUUGUUGUACAGUACUUAUCUGUUUAGAAAGUUCGAGGCAAAACAAAGUUAGAACAGCUAAAACAAGUCCCCUGCUUCUAAUCCACUGACGAUAUAGUAUUUUGUCAGCAUAUAUUAACAAUGAUAAUUGUGUUGUAUUUCUAGGAAUUAGAUUUCAAUCUAACAAAUCUCCUCAAUGUGCUUGACGUACCUGGCCUCAGGUAUGCCGUAAUUUGCUAACCUACUCUAUAGGCUGUAA